AUGGACGACGACGACUUCGAUUUCUCCGACCAUGACCUCGACGACUUGCCGGCCAACGAGCUGCAGCACCUCGAGGCGAGUGCCGUGCGCGCGACGCAACAACAGACACAGGCCGCACCAGAGUCGGACUAUGGCCUCGACGACGGCGAAGAGGUGGUGAACCUCGACGAUGAGCCCUACAUGGACGUCGAAGAGCCGCCGUCGCGCAGGUCGCAGGCAGACGCGAACCAACUGCUCCAACGCAUCAAGAAGCUGGAGCAAGACAAGGCGCGCGAGAAGAGAGCUGCAGACGACCUCAAAACAAAGCUGCAGACCAAGGCUGGCGAAGCAGACACGCUGCGACGGCGCCACGAUGUCGACAGUCGACGAUAUGAGCGCCAGCUUGCGGACCAGCAGCAGUCGUACAGCACCGACAUGGCCGCCCUCAAGACCGAAAUGGAGAAACUGCGACGCGAAAAGGAGUCGGCCCAGACGGACCACAUGUUCAACCAGCACGAUGCGCGAGAGGUGGGCAUGGCACGGCGGACCGCAAGAACUAUGCCAUCGAGGCCCAAGUCGGGUGCUGCAGCCGCUCUUAGUCCAGCUGGAACACCCAGGCGCGCACACAAGGCGCGGGCCCAACUGGGCGAUGGAUUCGACGACGAUGAUAUUGUCAUGGCCUCUCCAUCCAAGAACCGCGACAGGCAGAAGACUGCGACACCGCGGCACGUGGGCAAGCGAAAGCGCCAGGUCACGGACCAGAGCCCCAUACCGUUGCCAGCACUGCAGCUGAGUGAGCCACGGAGUCGACCAAGCAGGAAGGAUCCGGAGCCAGAGCCUGCCACUGAAGCAAAGAUCGAUGCCGCACUGUUGCAGCACUUUCGACAGGACGAUCGCCGAUUCACUCUCCUGCAUCGUCUGCUCUCCCAUCCGUCUUCGAAUGGAACAGACCGUAUUCUAGAGGCGCUGACGCAGCACGCAUUUCCUUCACAGCCCUCCAAGAAGCUGUCUUCGAUCGUGUACGAUGCCCUGGCGGCUACCCGUGCAUCUGAUGUCCAUGAGCUAGCGCUGCGCAUCUGCCACAUCUUCCUCGACCUAUGGAAGCGGUGUCAGAAUGAGAAGUAUUAUGCUCCCACGUCCCUCAUUCUCGAUGCCCUGCACUUUAUUCUAGCGUGUGAGCCAGCCCAAACUGCCGUGCAAGUGGCUGAACGCGCUGUGCCGCUCAUCAUCGCCUUCAUCGACCUCGUGUCAGACCCCAUUUCGAAGGCAGCCAAAGGGGGCGAGAAAGCGAUUGCCGACCUAUACUCUGCUACUCAACGGGAAAUUGCCUCUCAGAUAGAUGUCCUUGACUGUCUUGAGCUGCUCUACUUGAUCGCAACAAGCUGCGUAUCCUCUACGGAUUCUGAAGCUAUAACUCGACUGUGGCACGCUAUCCCGUCCACGUUUGCAUGCAUGCUUCUUGUCAAAGAACAACCGCGACCGCAGAUCACGCUCAUGUUGCACAUACUUAGCACCUCCGCGCUGGCUACUUCAUUGGGGCCUAUCACAACCACUGACUCGGCCCACGAAAGCCAGACUAGCAUCGAGGACGCCCUCAUCAACCGGCUUACCAACCUGUUUACAGAAACACCAAAGCCAGUCCCCGAUCCUGCAGCCUCGGCUACACCUGUAGCAGUAGUUCCCGAGGGUGAGAUUUGGGAUCUCCGCCUUCUUGUUCUCCACGUUCUGACAGGGUUCUCCAUUUCUCAGCAUGGCUCCGUACGCCUAGCGCAGAACAGGCUCUGUGUUGGCCGGCUCAUCAAAUAUCUCGACAACUGCAUCACAAGCUUGUACCGACACCCGCUGUCGCCCACUCAGGACCUGAAAAUAACGUCUAUCAAUGUGACUAUGAAGCUCAUCUACCACAUUGCGACUACCAACACCGACUUUGACAUCAAAAGCAAGCUAGUUAACACUCUGGGCGGACAGCAUGCCUAUCUUGUAGCGUUAACGCGUCUCGCAUUCAGCGAAGGCUUAGUGCUCGAAGCUGGCAUCGAAGACGCAGUAGUUAACAUGGCGCACGACGUUUUGGACGAAGGCCUGAGCAUGGAAGAGGGAGACGCUUUUGGUAAGGUGUACAGUAGUGGGAGUAGCGUUUAG